AUGAGACUGCUUACUUAUUUUGCUUUUACAUUACUGUCAGUUGUAAUACAAUUUUGUGUUAUGGAUUUUAUCCAAGAAAAAAUUGAACAUGAAGAAAAUGCAGUUUAUUUGAACGAAACAACUAAAGGGAAACAAAAUUCAAUUGGGAUAUUAAAAGAUUACACGCAUAAUGCCCAUGCUUUAUAUUAUCGCUUAAACGCUGGGGAAAUAAAAAAUGUAUCUAGAACAAAAUACAGUAACUCUUCUCUGCUUAAUUAUCCAUUCUCAACUACAACAGAGCCUUCAUUUACUGUUUAUGACAUGUUAUAUGACGAGAACAUUUCCGUAGCAGACGGAGUUUCAACAACAGAAACAUUCUUUACGAGCACUGAGUUAGAUAAUGUUACUGAGAUCACUUUGUUCGAAAAUACUUCCACGACUACCAAGCCUGAAAUUAUUGAAAAGAAAACAAGAUACGUUGACACAUUAUGUUAUUGUAAUUUUAUGUAUAAGCAAUGUGAUAUUAAUUGUUGCUGUGAUGACGAUUGUUCAGAAGAAGAAAACAAAUUAUUUAGAAGAUGCAGAACUCAUUUGUUUGUAAAUGUUAGAAAUCAAUGGCCACGAAAUUUAUUAACAUGCGGUGAAAAUGAUGUCAGUGGAAUAUUCGGAAAUUUAUUUUGCAUUGCGAAAACAAACUUACCAGACAAACGAGCUGCGGUUCCACAAAAGUUUUUUGAAAGAGUAAUUAAUGACACGUUUGUAUGGCAUAAUAAUAAUCAUAAUACAGAUGUAGAGUCUUAUAAGUUUACAAAAAACUUGUAUAGAAAUGGCGACCCUGUUUGGCUACUCAAGAACACAUCAAUUUAUUAUAUUGAUUUUCCAGCUCCUUUUGUAAACAACUAUUGCAGUAUCAGACGUCCAAUAAAAUUUUUACAGAAUGAAGAAACACAAUGUCUUGUGAAAUUAAUGGAACUGGAAAUGUUUCGUAUUUUAAAAACUAUAGAUGAAUCGAAAGUUAUAAAUAUAGCAAAUAAUUCUUUGAACAGUACUGCAAUGAAUUGCUCCAAUCUUCAUUGCACUAACUGGACAGUAAUUUAUUGUGACGAAGAUGAUUGUUUGGAUUUCAAUAAAACCUUGCACGAGCCAAUGUGUACAGCAAGCUUUUGUAAAAAUAUUGCCUUUAGAAUAGAAUAUGCUUUCUAUGUUUACGACUCAAAAAUUGUCAAUGCGACUGUAAAACUAUUUGCCAAAAAUAUACCAAUCGCCAUACAAUACAUAACGCAAAAAAUAAGUGUUAAAUUUUACAUGGGCAAUACUUCAUCAGAGAGAAUAAUAAAAUUAAGUGGAACUCCAGGUUAUAUUACGGGUUUGCCUAUAAUAACGUCGUUUACGGAAAGCAAUCAUACUAAUCAGUUCUUUAAUAGCGAUCACCAAAAUAAUUAUUUGACAUAUCCUGACAACAAGCACGGUUUAUGUGUUAAAACGAAAAAUACGAAGAAAGUUUUACUGUUUGGUUUAAACAAAAGAAUGAAAUGCAAAAUUUCUAUACGAUAUAUUUCUUCGUCAAAUGCCACAGAAGCGUGCUUGAAUGUACAAACUCAUAUCAACAAGAUGUUAAGUGUCCAAAAUAAAGUGUAUGUAUCACCGUAUGGCAACCCAAACAAUGUUAAAGAUGACGAUUGGUUGCCUAUUAAACUGAAAAGCCAGUUUAUCUAUGGUCAAUUAUAUUCUAAAAGUUCCAAAAUACAAUGUUACAACUUGCAGACGCGGGUUGCUUUUAUUUUCACUUAUGCUGUUUUAAGUAGCAGUAUUGGUCAAGUGGAAAAUAAACUAUUAAGUGCUAAAGUAGAUGGUUUUGCGAGUAAUGUAACAUUUAGCACUAACUCACAUGAACUAUCGACCGUGAUUACAGUUGAUAUUAACUUUAUUAAUGUAAAUAAUUGGAUGCAGCAUGAGUAUGCUGGACCUCCGCAUUUGAAUCUCAAUUUACCAAAGAAUUUCUUUUUUCCUUUUCCCUCGAAUAAAGAAUGUCAUUCAUAUAAGCCAAAUAUAUUGUUUAUCAAUUAUUUAUGUAUCAUUGCACUGUUCGUCAAAUAA